AUGGGCGGACAUCAACAAAGACAAUGGACGCCGACUAAGAGACGAGGCCCGAUAGCUGCUGAAUUUUCAGGUCCCGGACCAGCUGCCGUAGCGUUACCAACUCUCGUCGGAAAUUUAGUACCAGAAUCCAAACGUGGACGUGCACCGGCCUUUAGUUUUGGUGCUAGACACAACGAAAAAAAUGACAGCGCCGGACCGGGACCUGGUCAAUAUAAUAUCACCGGGUUGAGUGCAAAAGGCAAAGACACACCGCCGGCGUCUACACUGCACUCGAGGCCCAAGGAGGUGAGGUCCGACAACUUCCCCGCACCGGGCGACUACAACCCGGAAAAGGCCGAGAAGGUGAUCCACGAACACUCGCCGCAGUACACGUUCGGACUGAAAACGCAGGUGGACAAGCCGAACCCGAACCCGGCGCCCAACGUGUACAACAUCCCGACGGUUAUGGGAGCGGCCAAGGAGGGGCACUUCAAGGCAGCCCCGUCGUUCAGCAUAUCCGGCCGCACCAAGGAAUUCCCGGACGGCCGGCUGCUCAACCCCGGCCCCGGCGCUUACAACGACGUAAGCGCUGACAGUAUUAAACCGAAAUCGCCGGCGUACACGGUCAGCGCCCGGUACAACAUGCCCGGCGACAGUUCCCCCAGACCCGGCCCGGGAGCGUAUUCUCCCGAAAAGGUUCAAGUUGAUUUGUCCCAAGCACAUUCAUUUGGAAUUAAACAUUCACCGUAUUCUAAUUCUUUUGGCAUUGGUUACUGA